UCUCCGGCUCAUUUGAUGCGAUCGCGAGAAUCGCGUAAGUUUCCUGCGCGACCCAAUCACGCUCCACGAUCCAGUCGCGAAGAUCACACCAGACGGAACGGUUGUGCUUGUUUGAUCGAUCGAACUCGGAUCGUGUUUUUCCUACAGUUUAAUAAAUACUUAUCGGUGAAGCGUAAAAUCAACAGGAAAAUGAACGCUAAAGCAUUUGUUUGUUUUGCCGGUGUUUUGGCCCUGAUCGUCGCGGUUAAUUGUGAUGUGUCGCACAUUGUCGAAGAAAACCCGGUGACCGAAGUGUGCCUCCGGUGCAUUUGCGAGGCCUCCAGCGGAUGCGAUCCAACUGUGCGUUGUACGGGCGAUGCCUGCGGAAUGUUCCGCAUCACGUGGGCAUACUGGGCCGAUGCUGGCAAACCGGUUCUGCAGGGUGAUGCUCCUGACUCGCAGAGUGCCUACGCCAAUUGCGCGAAUGACGCCUUGUGCGCUGCUCGAACUGUGCAAGGUUAUAUGAGGAAGUUUGGCCAGGACUGCAACGGAGAUGGGAUCAUCGAUUGUCUGGAUCACGCUGCUGUUCACAAGCUCGGAGGAUACGGCUGCAAAAGCCCGGUACCGGUUGCUUACCAGAGCAAACUCGAUCAGUGCAUCCAUUACGCAGCCGGUACGCAAAUCUAGGCGUUCGCCCUUCGUCUGCCUCAAAUCAACAACAUACGAUCGAUAGUUGAACGAGAAGUAAACGAGCGCAGCAUCACAAUAUAUCUUCAAUCAAAUCUUUAUCUUCAGGCCUCUUUUAUUGACCGACAAUCGUAAACAUGCCAUUAAUUUAUUUCUAUUUAAUAAAUAGUGAAUAAACAUUCCA